AUGGCUUCCGCCUCGCGAACUACUUUCGUGCCAGCCAGAUUCCGUGCAGCGAAAGCAUGCCUUCUGUGUCGACAAAAGAGGGUCAAAUGCGACGCCAUGGACCACGGCACUCCCUGCACGAGAUGUGUUUUGAGCGGAAAGACCGACUGCGUUCUGUUUGAGUCCAAAAGAGGAACAUAUAAGCGCAAGCAGAGAGUCGCUGUCGAGCAGCAACGUCGGGAAUCACCCGUAAAGGACCUCCAUGGCAAUAGCUCUGAGAACCCGGCAGUCCCAUCAUAUACUUCAGGGACAACACUGGCCGAAGAACCUCAGCAUCGACCCGACGCUUCACCUUUGAAUCACAGAUCCACAACUGCGAGCGAGCCUACAGCAAGGCCGCCCGAAGAACAAUUCCAGACGGAGCACCUGUCAGCAACGUCGGUCAAUCUAGGUCAACCUGAGCAGUCUGUCACAGACCCAGCUGGAUUCAAUGAAUCUGCGUCCUUGUUGAAUGGUCUGGAGAACAGUAACCACCAGAGGCGACUGUCCCUAGAUUGCUCGUCGCCCGUCUCGUGUCUGUCCAACACCACACUCUCGCCAUAUCCAGAUAUCUCGUGGGCGUCGACCUUUGAUCCGUUCCUCAAAUCGCGCAAGACCCAUACGGCCGACCGAUCGAACAGGUUCUCCAUCACUUACCUCGAUGAAUCCUUCCCCCUCUCACUUGUACUGCAGUAUCAAGGUCACGGAGUAAAGCCGCAGCUACAUUAUCUCACUCCCGCAAAGCCAGAGCCUCCAGGCCCGCCUCAGCCUUCGGGGUACCAACACCCUGGCCACAUUCCACCCAAGGAUAUCGAGUUCCUACAAGCCAGAGGAUGCUUCGAAGUCCCCGACCCAGAGAUCCUGGACAUCUUGGUCAAGACGUUCCUGGAUCGCGUCUAUCCCAUCUAUCCGAUCUUCAAGCGAAGUAGCUUUCUCGAGCAUUACCGAGCCCAACAGAUCCCAUGGCUCCUGCUUCACUCGGUCUGCUUUGCCGCGGUCACCUUCUGCGACGAAGACGUGCUCUUUCGCGUCGGGUACCAAAACAGAAUCGAGGCGCGGUUGUGUUACUACAGAAAAGCAAAAGCCCUGUUCGACCUGGGCUAUCAUAUGAACAAGAUCAUGAUCCUCCAGAGUGUCAUCCUCCUCAGCUUCUGGGGCGGCGCGCACAAUAACUAUUGGAACUCGGCCAGCUGGAUCGGAGCAGGGGUCAUCAUCGCAGAGUCACUAGGCCUCCACCGAUCCAUGGCGGACACGAGGCUGGCACCAGAGGACAAGAGUCUGUUGAGACGGUUAUGGUGGAUCUUGUUCGUCCGGGACACUGGCGCCGCGACGUUUUCAGGUCGUCAGUUCCGGAUGAAUAGCGUCGACGUGGCCGACGUCGAGACUUUGACCACAGAGGAUUUUGCCGCGGACUCGCAAGACGACAUGGACGGCGUGGGCCACGGAAUCGACGGUAUCGUCGGCUCUUUCCACGUUGAGAACACAAAGCUCUUCCUCAUCCUGCGGCGGAUCGUGCUUUCCAAGCGAACCGGCCACGGGCCCAGCCACGACGACCUGUGCCACGAGCUCCAGCAAUGGCGAGCAGAGCUGCCGCCAGCGCUGAAGUGGCGCGACGCCGAGGCCAAGCUGGACCUCCUCCCAGCCUGUCUCGCCCUGGCGUACAACCACAACCUGAUCCUCGCCAAUCUGGGCCCCGGUCCCCAACAGUCUGCAGACUCGGUCCAUUCGGGCUCCCACGUCCAUCAACUCGACGGCGCAUGCGAGAACGCGGCACACCGCAUCUUCGACCUGACGUGCGGCAUGACCACCAAAUCCACAUUCCCGCGCCUGCCGCACGAAGCCUUCCACGCCCUGUUCCUCGCCCAGGCCGUCUUCUACUCCCAAACCCUCGCCGCCGACGCCGCCUCGGCGAAAAUGGGCCGCAUGGCUGUCAACACGUGCCAGGUCGUCUGGCACAACGUCCGCGGAGGCUGGGACCCCGCCCGCUGGGUCAUGAAGCUGUUUGAGAACCUGCUCGAGGCCACCUCGCCGCAACGCCGACCGCGGUCCGCGGAGGACAUGCUCAUGGUCAAUGAGGGCGACGUGGCGAACCCGGCCCUCCCAGCCGGGGCCGACUACUUGUCGUCGGACAUGCCGAUGAAUGACUUUUCGGGCAUGAAUUCGCUGCUCUCGUCCAUCUUUGACAUUUCGACCGCCAUGGACGGCCUGGAGGAUCCGACUGGGCAGGAAAUGUUUUCCUUUGGGCUGCCGAGCGAUGCGAACUGGUAG